UGAUGUAUGCGGGCGAGAUGGUUCCGUUCUCUUCAGUCUUCAUUGUGUAGACGCAAUAUUUGAUCAUAUUUUAAUAUCUGGUAUGGGCGUGAUCAACGUUCAGAAACUGGACUAGCAAAGUAGGCGUAAAUUCUUAGGACAGCAGUUGAUGCAGAGGAUGUUUAUGCGGCGCUAGGACCCAGGGGACAAGUUCUCAUUCUCACAAGGCACAUGCAAUUUGCAUGCGUAUGUUCUGCAAGGCAAACCUAAACCACCGGAAGACCGAGCAAUAGACUCGCAGACACGCUUAUUGGCGUAGGACCACUAUCGUGAUGGGAAGCUUUCAGUCUUUGCCGGAUGACCAUCAAUAUCGAACCCUGUCACAGAAAACAGGCUUUUCACUGGAGCAGAUCGCAAUUCUCCACAAUCGCUUUAAGCAGCUCAGCCAAAACGAGGAAACAUUAUGGAGAGAUGACCUUAAAACAAUCCAAGACCUAGAAAGCAACCCAAUUCGGUCCCAGAUUAUAGAAGCUUUCUUCGAUAGUAGGAACUUCCAGAAAGAUGGUGUGGGAUCUGUGGAAGAAAUUGGUUUCGAGGAAUUCCUUACGGUCAUGUCGUACUUCAGAGCACCACCUCAAAAUAUCACAGUGGAGCAAAGAGAAGAAAUGAGAAGAGCCAAACUGCGCUUCCUUUUCAACAUGCAUGACACCGACAAUGAUGGAACCAUAACACUGGAGGAAUACAGACAUGUAGUAGAGGAGUUGUUGUCCCGUAGUGGAGCUCUUGGAAGAGAGACAGCUAAAGGCAUUGCAGAUGCUGCAAUGCUGGAAGUUGCCAGUAUCUCAGUGGGUCCCAUGGCACCUGAUGAGUUCUAUGAAGGAAUAACAUUUGAGCAUUUUUUGAAGAUUCUUAAUGGAGUUGAAAUUGAGAUGAGAAUGCACAUUCACUUCUUAAACAUGGAUGCAACUGUUUUGUGCAAGUAACAUUAGGUCUAAAUACUGCUGGUUAAAUGUAUAUUUUCCAGUAAAAUAUGCACUUUAUUAGAUGAGGCUGGUUUAGAAUAGUUUGGAUAGAUCUCUAGUUCUAUUAAUUAUUUAUAAGAUACUCCUACAAAAGUUGAAAAGCAAUAAGAAAAGUGUGUGUUGAUUUCUGAAACUCCUUGCUUUGCAUGUGCAUAUUACAUAAUUAUGGUACAAUAGAAUUAAAACUAUGCAGGCAUGUAUUUAAUUAUUUUACAAAAAUUUUGUAAUUAUUUUGUCUUUAUUCUAAAAUAACCCUACUAUUUAAAAAAAAAAGUUGAAUACUUAUAACCAAAUACAACUGUAAUAUAUUUUUACUGAAAUAUAUUAAUACUGAAUAGAACAAUCAUGUUAUUAAUACUGUGAUAAUAGCAAUAGCAGUUUUGUGUGCUUUUUGAUGUGCAAUAAUACUAAUAAAUGAAAACGGUACUUGAAUCCAGUCUCGAAAAAGAACUGCAGUUACUCCUAUCAACCAGCAGAUAUCGCUAAUGUCAUGGCUUUGUUUAAGUCAGUCGCUUUAGAAAUACUCAGGUACUUGUACAACCAAUAAGCAUGUUUCAGCAUGUUCUUGCAAGGGCAACUAAAAUAAUUACAUUACAAACAAUGCAACAAAUUCUAAAAUAAUUAAAUAAUUAAUGAGACUAUGACAACGAUAAUCUGUAACGACUAGUGGACACCAAAGACCUUUAAUCAAUUUCAUUAGCCACGUAUAGUUCAAUGAUGACAGACUUUGAGACAUAGAGCUGAAGGUGUGCUGUGUUAGCAGUUAUAAAUUGUGCAUGGAUUGUACACACAUGGGUUUAACAGUAGAAAUAAACCUUGUGUCGAGCAUUUUAUUUCCAAAAAUGAAUCUGGCAUUUCCUCUGUGAAAAUGCAAAAAUGUCUCAAAAUGAAUUAAUGUUUCUUCUGUUAACCUUAAAAAGAAGAUAAAAAGAGUGUACGUGCACCCACUUUGUAUGGAAUCAACUUGCAACUUGCAUUUACCGCAAUAAAACGGUAUCUUGCUACACUGAAAA